AUGGCCGCCCCCAAGCAGGGCGGCUUCAAGAUGUCGCUGGGAGCCUUAAAGGCGAAACCAGGUCUAAAAGCAUUGCCGGCGCAGAAAGAUGUAAAGAAGUCAAAGCUCAUGCUCGGAGAUGACGAACCCGACGAUUCGAACAAGCAGCAAGAGAUCAUAGGAUGGGACGCAGCAGAGGGCGGCGCGCUUGAUGCCAACACCAAGAAAGAGAAAGAGCAACCGCGCGUCAUCCCAGCUUUACCGAAUCGCGAUCGGCGCGAAGAAGCGCGGCGGAAACAACUUGCGAAAGCUCCGCAUACACAAGCGCAGAAGGGCGACGUCGAUGAGAAGCAGAUGGAAGGGCUCAAGAUUCAGUACGGGCUUACAAUUGUAAAGAAGGACGAGACGCAGGAUGAUGGAGCUGCGGAAGCCCCUGGGCCAGAGCCAAUGGAGGUAGACAAGGAUGAGCUCACGGAAGAGCAGCGCCUCGAGAAGAAAGCUCUCGAUGCGCUAAUCAAUGGCAAAUCGGCCGCUGACGAACUCGUGAUUCCAGCCCAGACGGAAGAGGAAGAGUACAUCAAUGAUAUUCACAAUGCGCCCGAUGGGCCUACCCUCGAAGCCUACGAAGCCACACCGAUCGAAGGAUUCGGCGCCGCGCUACUUCGCGGUAUGGGAUGGAAAGGCGAAGAAACAACUGGCAAUAGUACAAAGUCGAAGGAAGUCAAGCGGCGGCCGGCGCUACUGGGUGUUGGCGCGAAGGCAGACGCUGCGGUGGGCGUUGAGUUGGGAGAAUGGGGUGUCAGCAAGGGAAAGGGCAAGAAGAUGAUGCAAGACUACAAUCCAGUCGCGCUACGGAACAAGAAGACUGGUGAGACAAUUACAGAGGAGGAGCUAAAGGCAAAGCUUGAGAACCAAAAUCUAGUACCAGACAAGAAGCCUUCGAAACGGAAGAGCAAAUACAACGAUGGUAGUGAAGAAGAUGAGCGGAGACGGGAAAGACGGAGAGAGAACCGGGAUGAUAGGGAUCGCGACCGACGCGACGACGACUACGACAGCGAGCGACGACGAGACAAAGACCGUCGGCGAAACAAGGACGAUUAUCACGAGAGCGACCGCCGGCGAGAUAAGCUGAAGGAGCGCGUCCGGGGCGACGACUAUGAUGGUGAACGUAGGAGGGAGAAGCGAAGAGACCGCAGUCGUAGCCCUGAUGAUCGGAAGGAGAAGCGGAGAGAUCGCUACCGCAGUAGGAGUCGAGGUUCCGAUGAUCAGAGGAAACGCAGAAGGGAUAGGGAAUACGACGACGUUGACAGACACGAGAGGAAAAGGCACAGGGAUGACAAGUACUACAAAUAG